AUGAGCAAGGCGGGAACGAGCAACAGCAAACGGAUCGGGGAUGAAAUAGACAAGCAGGCUAAGAAGGUCAAGGCUGCAGAGGAGGUGCUCAAGGCCGUCAAGAGACUGGCUGAACAGAGCAAGCACGUCCCCGGGGCAGUGGCAAAGACCCUCACUGACUUGAACCUGCCACACGCGUUCAGAGAGGUGGUGGAUAAGGAUGCUGAUGCGGUGCUGGACGAAAUUGAGGCGGCGAUGUACGAGGUGGCGGCCACCAUCCUUAAGGGGGAGGGGUUUGCAUACGAAGUGCCGUCGCGCACGAAGAACAACCAGAUGUACGUAAAGGAGCUGGACCGCAUUGUGCUGAAGGACAGCAGCAGCAAGCGCGCCUUUGCCAGCACAGCCUCAUGCCGCAAGACCGCCAUCACCACCCGCAUUCUGGGGCUGGUUCACGAGCUGUGCAACAAGCGCAUCCACGUGACAAAGCGCGACCUCUUCUACACUGAUGUCAAGCUGUUUGAGGACCAGGGCCAGUCUGACUCAAUACUGGACGACCUGGCCUGCAUGCUGGGCUGCACGCGCACCAGCCUGCACGUGGUGGCGUCUGAGAAGGGCGUGGUGGUGGGGCGGCUGUCCUUCCGCGAGGACGGGGACUUCAUAGACUGCCGCCGCAUGGGGGUCGGCGGCAAGGCCAUCCCACCAAACAUCGACAAGGCGCGCGCACGCGCGCGUCGCGGCGCCGCGCGGCCGCCACAAAGGGUGGGGGAUAUUGCCAGCGACGCGCUGUUCAUCCUGCUGGUGGAGAAGGACGCCGCGUUCAUGCGCCUCGCGGAGGACAGCCUGUUCCUGCGGAAGCUCAAGGACACCCUCAACCUGCCGGUGCUGGCCCUGGUGGACUCUGACCCCUACGGCCUCAAGAUCCUGUCGGGCUCCAUGAACAUGUCAUAUGACGCCGCCAACCUGACCACCCCGGACAUCAAGUGGCUGGGGGUGCGCCCCACAGACCUGGACCGCUUCAACAUCCCGCAGCAGUGCAGGCUGCCCAUGACGGAGGAGGACAUGAGGACCGGCAGGAAGCUGCUGGAGGAGGACUUCAUCCAGUCCAACCCGGACUGGGUCCACGAGCUGGAGCUGAUGCUGAAGACCAAGGAGAAGGCUGAGAUCCAGGCACUCAGCAGCUUCGGCUUCCAGUACCUCAGCCAGGUGUACCUGCCCCUCAAGCUGCAGGAGGGGGACUGGAUCUGA